UCCUAAACCCUAUACGUGCCGAGACAACGCACCAUCGUCGACCAUCGCUUCGAGCUGCUGAAGAAGAGGACAUCAAUGGCAGAAAUCACGGCGACUUCUCUUCCCUCUCCUUCUUCAUCUGCAUUCGCCUUCCUUAGCCCCCAAAAUGGUUCAUUCAGAUGUCAAAAUGUAGCUUGCCCUAGAACUAAUUUGCACUCCCUAGAGAUAUCCUCACGACGAAGCCAGCUUUCGGGAAAUGCUGUUGUUAGCAAUAAAGUUUAUGUCUCCUGCUCUUACAAGAGACAAGUUGUCCGAGCUGUUCUAUCCAAUGAUGGACAUGCAGUGAAGAACGCUUAUUCAGAGGGUGCUGGGCUUCGUGGCAAGCUGAAAAAGGUUGUUCUAGCGUACAGUGGUGGCUUAGACACCUCCGUGAUUGUGCCAUGGCUAAAGGAGAAUUAUGGCUGUGAAGUCGUGUGCUUCACCGCAGAUGUUGGUCAGGGUUCGUUGGAGUUAGAGGGAUUAGAACAAAAGGCCAAGGCCAGCGGUGCUUCUCAGUUGGUCGUUAGGGAUCUAAAGGAGGAGUUUGUGAAAGAUUACAUAUACCCUUGUCUACGAGCUGGCGCCAUUUAUGAACGCAAGUACUUGCUCGGUACCUCGAUGGCACGGCCCGUCAUUGCAAAGGCUAUGGUCGAUGUAGCAGAAGAAGUCGGAGCUGAUGCUGUUGCACACGGAUGCACUGGCAAAGGAAAUGACCAGGUUCGGUUUGAGCUCACAUUCUUUUCGCUAAACCCCGAACUUAAAGUCGUAGCACCGUGGAGAGAAUGGGAAAUCAAGGGCAGAGAAGACGCUAUCGAGUACGCCAAGAAGCACAAUGUUCCUGUCCCUGUGACAAAGAAAUCUAUUUACAGCCGAGACAGGAACCUAUGGCACCUUAGCCAUGAGGGCGAUAUAUUGGAAGAUCCGGCAAACGAGCCUAAGAAAGAUAUGUACAUGAUGAGCGUAGACCCGGAAGAUGCACCUGAUCAGCCUGAGUACAUCGAGAUAGGGAUCGAAUCUGGAAUUCCCGUCUCGAUCGACGGGAAGACCCUCUCUCCAGCAACCCUUCUUUCCGAGCUAAACAAGAUCGGGGGAAAGCAUGGGAUCGGACGGAUAGACCUGGUCGAGAAUCGUCUAGUCGGAAUGAAAUCCCGAGGCGUGUACGAAACCCCGGGAGGGACCAUCCUCUUCUCGGGAGUGAGAGAGCUCGAGUCCCUCCUCCUGGACAGGGAGACUAUCCAGCUGAAAGACACUCUAGCCCUCAAAUACGCCGAGCUGGUUUACGCCGGGAGAUGGUUCGAUCCGCUGAGGGAAUCGAUGGACGCGUUCAUGGAGAAGGUGACGGAGAAAACCACGGGCUCGGUGACGCUGAAGCUGUACAAAGGGUCGGUAUCUGUCACGGGGCGCAGGAGUCCGUACAGUCUGUACAGACAGGACAUAUCAUCGUUCGAGGGGAGCGAGAUCUAUAACCAGGCGGAUGCGGCCGGGUUCAUUCGGCUCUACGGACUGCCGAUGAGGGUCAGAGCAAUGCUCGAAAAGGGCAUAUGAGAACUAUGUCUUGGCAUUGGAUUCAGUUUCAGCUGCCAGCUUUAUCUCAUUGAGAUUAGCUCUCAAAUUUUCAUGAAGGCCUUUGACCCCAAAAAAACAAAAUCCGAUUUUUGGAUUC